AUGACAAGAAGUUCCAUGCCGAGAAUGAUAUCGUAUUUAAGCUGCAGCUUGCUGCUGCUUUCGGUGGCUUUCGUGGGCGCUUCACUCGCGGAGAUGGUCUUCCGUUGCCCGAGUUGCACCGCCGAACGUCAGGCUGCGUGCCCGAAGCUCACCGAGACCUGUGCGGAGAUAGUGCGCGAACCGGGCUGCGGUUGCUGCCCCGUUUGCGCCCGGCAAGAGGGUGAGUUAUGCGGCGUGUACACCCCGAGAUGCUCCAGCGGGCUCCGCUGUUACCCGAAGCCGGACUCCGAUCUGCCUCUCGAGCAGCUGGUCCAGGGGCUGGGGCUGUGCGGACACAAAGUGGUCACCGAGCCCACGGGGAGCCAGGAGCACCGGGAGCAACUUAGCGGUCAGUUUCAACAAGCCUGACAUACUUACAAUGAUAUAAUGGAACAGAGGAUGUUUGGGAAGUAUGCUCAUUAGUAGUCGUAAAUUAAUAAUUACACUGUCAUUGGGAUGGCUUAUAGCCCUUAGCAUGUACCGUAUUGUGAUUUAUUUAAUUCGCAGCAGUCUAAGCUAAUGAUUGUUGCGUCCAUUUGCUCAUAGAAACAUAGAAACUGUAAGUUAACCCUGCUCUAAAACCCCUAUUUAUUGGAAUUAUUUGUUAUUACACAGUUGUAACACUUUUAUAACACAAUUUUUACAAGGUACUUUUGCCUUUAAUAUGUACCGAAUUGAACUGCAAAUAUGCUAUAAGCCUAUAUUUGGCUUUGGGCUAUAUGUCCUAAUCACAAAUGAAAGAAACGUUUGCAGGUAGUAUCAUCCAACAGAAACAACCAGAAAUACACUGGACUAGUUUGACUUAUUGAUCUCCAUGUGUUGACUUAUUGGGCCCUUGCUGGAAUACAAUAGGCUCCCUUACCUAACAAUAUUAUUCCUGUAUAACAUAUCUUACACUGUAUAGGCAAGCGUAUACUGUAAGACAUACUGUAUGCUUGCUUAUACCCAGAAAUAAUAUUCAGAACGUGUAUUUUACACAGAAAUCCCAAAACAUUCCUCUUUAAUUGGAUAAAAUGAGAGAGGAGAGAGAAGUAAAAUAAUGCCACAUUGAUUGGCAAUUUGGACUUUGUCCUUUGACCCCAACCACUGUAAACUAGUCAUGGAGUGUGUGUUGAAGCUUGUUCAGUAUGGUGUGAUUUCUACUAAACCUAAUGUCAAUGUCCCCAUCUGCCAAAUGUAACGUUUGAUUCGAUUAUAAAGGAGAACCUGUGAUUCCUGAAAAGAUCAAAUGGAUUAGGGCCAGGACAACACAGACAGUAGGACUAUAAAUGCACGUGGAGUAGCCUACACAUGCACAUGUAGCCAGAGAUAAGUUGGGAAUUAGGAGGUAGUGGAACUCUUAAAUAGUGUUCUAAUACUAUUUGUAUGGUGGAACUCUUCCUGAAAUAGCUACUUGCAGUAUGCUUUGCUACAGCCAGAUUCCACAGUCCUAUCCUACAGUACAGUGAAUUGCCAUGACGACGUCCUAUAUUUCUCUGCUCAAACUGUUUCUCAUCUACUCUGACUGUUUCUAUGUAUCCACAGCCUGGCAUUUAAGGGAUGGGUUACACAGUACUAUUAUGUACACCUGGGUUACACAUGACUAUUAUGUACACCUGGAUUACAUGGUACUAUUAUGUACACCUGGGUUACACAGUACUAUUAUGUAAACCUGAGUUACACAGUACUAUUAUGUACACAUGGGUUACACAGUACUAUUAUGUACACCUGGGUUACACAGUACUGUUAUGUACACCUGGGUUACAAAGUACUGUUAUGUACACCUGGGUUACACAGUACUAUUAUGUACACAUGGGUUACACAGUACUAUUAUAUACACAUGGGGUUACACAGUACUAAUAUGUACACCGGGGUUACACAGUACUAUUAUGUACACAUGGGUUACACAGUACUAUUAUGUACACAUGGGUUACACAGUACUAUUAUGUACAUCUGGGUUACACAGUAUUGUUAUGUACACCUGGGUUACACAUUACUAUUAUGUACACCUGGGUUACACAGUACUAUUAUGUACACCUGAAUUACAUGGUACUAUUAUGUACACAUGGGUUACACAGUAUUGUUAUGUACACCUGGGUUACACAGUACUAUUAUGUACACCUGGGUUACACAGUACUAUUAUGUACACCUGGAUUACAUGGGACUAUUAUGUACACCUAGAUUACACAGUACUAUUAUGUACUUCAGACAGAAUUCCCGGUAUAUUACCUUAAAAAAUAAAGAAAAAGGAGGCAAUGUUUACAUGACCCCCUUUCAAACAGUCCCUUAUUAACCACUUUCUUGCAGGUAUACCCCCUUUUAAACAUCCCAGUAUACAGAGUGAUAUACACAGAUUAUGCAAAAAGCAGCCCUGGUUACACACGUUUCCUACACAUUGUCAUUGUCUAAAUAGGCCGACGUGCUAAACCACUAUCUAUAACAACCAGAUGAGACAACUCAGACCAUGGUAGCCUAGCUACAUCACAUAUCCUGUUUGUUGAAACAGAGUAAACCUUAGGAUAAUUAAUAGCAGUAACACUAAUGAAGGUAUAGUUUACAAAGGGCUUGUUUAAUAAAGGCUUUGUAGGGAGUUUAUAGGAUCAGUUUAUAAGUCAAACUAAAAUGCAUUGGUUAGCAGUCACAUCCGCUCAUGUAUCAAAAUAAUAAUCACUUAACUUACCUGUCUUUCUCGUCCGGCGGAACACUCAUAAUACGUACAAAAUGUAAUGAGUUAUCGCAUAAAGCUUACUUCUUACUAUUAUUAUGUGAACACACGUUAUAACCAAGGAAAAAUUGGUCUGCAUUCUCCAAGAUUGUAAUUGCACUGGGAAAAGUAGAGCACCCUAUAUGCAUUCCUUCAUGCUACUCAUCUCAUGCUAUACAGGCCUUGAUGGAUGACUAGCAUGUAGCCUUUCAUCAAUGGAAGACUUGAUAAGAAAACCUUCCAAAAUGUCUGUGGUGCACCCGUGUCUCCUCAUUAUCUGAACCCUGUGGUGGAUGGGCAUCUUUAUCAGCCCUUAAUACCAGCCUACAGCUAGACAGUAACCCCCUCAUUGACAAUAUCAAGUGGUACAACUACAGUCCAUUUACUGUGACACGUCAGAGAAUUAUGUAAAUAGAGAUGUUGGUGUGAGAUUGAUUCCACAAAAGGCAGAAGGGGUGUAUAUCAUAUUAUAUAAUAUUAGUAUGUAAAGACACGUCAUAGUCAAUAAUACAUCAUACUAAUGCAAAAACAUACUAAUAAAAAAAGAUUUAAGAGAAGGGUUGCUUCCCAAAUGGUACACUAUAAUGGUCCCUGGUCAAAAGUAGUGCACUCCCUUGCAAAAGAGCCCCUGCUAAAAUUAAGGGAAUAGGGUGCCAUUCGAGACACGACCGAGGUUCAUCACUCAUCCUGCCAGCAGGGUCACAUCGUUGGGCUGCCACUUAUCCAACAAAGAGAGGGUUACCCAACCCCCAACCCAACAAAAGACUCCCAAAAAAACUCUCAAAGCUUUACAAGGAAAACAGAUCCUGACCAUCUGGCUGCAUCUGGGCGGUGAAAUAACACGGCUCCCUAACGAGGGGCAUUCAUCUGUACCUGCCUGGGUCCACUGCCAGGGUGCCCAGCCCUCUAGACGGUGCCCGCGGGCCCGAAAUAGCCCCAGAUAAUCCCCACUGCUUCUCUAAAACACAGGCAUCGCUGCCUUCCACCCCUGGGGCUGCAACUUCACCCAAAGCCAUGCUAAGAAUCUCAGCGUGCCUCAGACGCUUUCCAGAAUAAACUUCUCCCUUUCUCUUUCUCUCUCACUCUGCUUUUCUCUCUCUCUCUGCUUUUCUCUCUCUUUCUUUCUUUCUUUCUUUCUUUCUUUCUUUCUUUCUUUCUUUCUUUCUUUCUUUCUUUCUUUCUUUCUUUCUUUCUUUCUUUCUUUCUUUCUUUCUCUCUCUCUCUCUUGCUGGCUCCCUCUUCCCUCCCUCCCCCCCUCCCUCUCUCUCCCUGGGCUUCGGUGCUUGGAGAAAAUACAAACUAUGUCUGAAAUGUUACUGAGCUGAGUGGGGUGGAAGGGGACCUGUGAAAGGGCUUUGCAGGGGAUAGGGCUGGCUUCGCCAGAUGGUUUGAUGUUUCUUCACGGAAGAUAAUGGAGUUGAAGGGGAUUUGAGUGUUGCGUAUGUGUGUACAGACUGAGGCCUAUGCAUUUGGCUGCUGCAAUCACCCAAGAUCUGUUGUUCAUGGCUAGCCCGAUGGCUGCAGGCAGAGCUACUGUCUUAGGAAUUGAUCCUUGUAUGGUGGUGGUCUGUGUAUCAAGGCCAGUUGACUUGUUACGUUGGUGCCAUGACUUGGAUCACAUGUCUGGUGUAGGGUUGCAAAAUUCCUUUAACUUUCAAUAAAUUCCCUGGUUUUCCAGAAAUCCUGGUUGGAGGAUUCCGGAUUUCCUGCUUAUUCCCCCCUGAUUCUGGGGUCCUCCAACCGGGAUUUCAGGAAAACCAGAGAAAGUAUUGAACGUUAAAGGAAUUUUGCAACCCUAGUCUGGUGUCCUAUCAUCUCUGUUAAUAAAGGAGCUAUGGAACAUCUUCACUCUUCUCAGAUGACUCCAAAAUCAAAGUUAAUCGGGUCUUUUCAGACCUCAAAUGUGGUCUAAUGUCAAGGCCACCUCUACAUGCCUCAAUCCCAAAUGAAUGGGAAAGAUGGGCACCAUCUCUCCUCUCUCUCUCUAUUCUCUGUAUGUGUGUGCUGUAAUUGUCCGUGCUGCUCUGCAGGUUUGAUGGGCUCCGGCUUGCCUCCGUCUCCCUGUCUCUCUGUCCUCCAGAGCCAGGUGUGUACCAAAUGGCAAAAUAUUCCCUUUUCCCUAUAUAGUGCACUACUUUUGGCCAGAGUCAUAUAGGGAUAUGUAGGGGAUACAGUGUCGUUUGGGACAUAUCCAGAGUGCCAGGUUUAGCCUGCAGUCAGUCAGUUCAGUGGUGGAUAGAUGCCUGGCUGGGUGCAGUCAGUGUCUACUUGUCAGGACCUGCCCAGCUCCAGCUAGCUCCACACUGUGGAGGAGCCUCUCAGGCCAGAUAGCCUGGCUGUGAGGUAAACACACUUGCUCUGUGCUGACUGUGUGAUUCUAGGAGGAGAGUCCUAGCAGGCCUUGUAAAGGAUAAUGGGAAGCAGUUAUGAAGCUGGCUCUUUUUAACUACAGCUCCCCAAAGUGCUUUACUGUACAAUCAAUUGUGAAGGAGAUACAUUAUGUAUACACAUAAACACAGUAAAAUACAGUAUCGUUGUCACUAUACUGGCCCUAGAUUGAGGUAAUAUUCAUUUAUUACACAAGAAGUCACAUUGAGAUUAAAGGGACAGUUAAAGGGAUGAAUUUAACCAUAAAUGUGUGUUGGUUGGACCUAUCCAGUCUCCCAUUCUCCAUCCAUGGGCCAUCUGAUCAGUUGACUGGAGUCUAGACUGUCAGACAUGAACCUUCUCUCCUUUGUGCUGUUCUGGGAAUUUGACAAGCAUCAGCUAUUAAAAAAGCAAAGAAGCCACUCGUCCCUUUUGUCUGCUGUAUUAAUUCAAGCAGUGGACCGGACAAAAAAAACAACAAUGGGGCUGCAGCUCUGUUGACGUUGCAAAGCCCAGGUCCACCUCUGUGGAUCGGUGGAACAGAGUGUACUGGAGGAACGGGGCCCUCUUAGAGUGGGGUCCUGACCCUGUCCGUGUGUGUCUGUGUGUGUGUGUCUCUCUCUGUGUGUGUGUGUGUGUGUCUGUGUGUUUUAAUAGACUCAGACCUUCUCAGGUUUCUUCCAUGAAGCUGGAAUCAGUAUAUUACAGUUGGAGACAGUGGGGAUUAUCUAAUAGAUGAAAACAAAACAGUGUGUGUGCCUGUCUGUCUCUGUGUGUGUGUGUUUGAGUAUGUAAGUGUGUAUAAGUGUGUGUGUGUGUGUCUCACACCUGAUUCCAGUUGACUUCUGCCCUCUGUUCUGCAACUCUGUCUUCAAAGGAAACUGAGAGCACAAUACCUUUUCAUGAGGAGAGCUGAAGUUAGAUGUUUAGAUCUGAUAGUUUCAUGAGGAGAGCUGAAGUUAGAUGUUUAGAUCUGAGUUUCAUGAGGAGAGCUGAAGUUAGAUGUUUAGAUCUGAUAGUUUCAUGAGGAGAGCUGAAGUUAGAUGUUUAGAUCUGAUAGUUUCAUGAGGAGAGCUGAAGUUAUAUGUCUAGAUCUGAUAGUUUCAUGAGGAGAGCUGAAGCUAGAUGUUUAGAUCUGAUAGUUGCCUUUCCCCCUCUCCUUCUCCGUUCAGUCUUUUGUCAUCAUAUUCUAUGUCUACUGGAUUGUAAACGUCAGAGGGACCCCUCUUGCUCCUUCCUUAGUGUAGAAUACACUUCACUUAAGGGCCGGCCAACCCUGUUAUAUCUUAUUUCUAUCUUAUAACCUAUCCCUCCUCUGUCGUUAAUAGUGGUAUGUCACUGGAUAGCCUGACAGGACAGAGAGAGUGUAAACAAUACAUUACUCUGAAAUGUUAUUAAUCUAAGAUUUCCUCAAAGCAAAGUCCAGCCAACUGUUUCCUCCGCCCCUGCUGUUUCUGUUAUUCUGACCAUUUUGAUGGUCCCAGAGCCCUGGGAGAGCUGUAGUGGGCCCUCAGCCUCCACUCUGUCUGUUGUCAAGAAUAGCAUGGACAGCUAGUAGACUCGCAGAGCCAGGUCCCCUGCAUUGUUUGUUCUCAUAUCUGUGUGGAAAGUGGCUUUCAGAGGUUGAUGUUUAACCACGCGUUAUCUGGUCAAACUGCUGAGGACUUCUCCCUCCCUUCCCCAGAUAGUGUGGUGUGUCAGUUCUGGGUUGUUGCUGUUCGAACUUUCGUUCUAAGCAGUCGAACAGGAAAGUGAGCUAGAGCCCUUUCAUGACAUGCCGUGACUUUGGAGGUGAGGAGGACACUCGUCAUAACGAGUGAAGGUGCCCCAUAGUUAACUAAAUCUGCAGUGUACACAGACAGAAGCAUGUGUUCACUAUUGGUUAUCAUUCUUGGAAGUUAAAAUGGAAAAAACAAUCCAAAAAAAUUAUAAGUAACAAUAUUUCGGCGUUUAUGGAAGUUUGAAAGUAUAUAUAUAUAUAUAUAUUUUUUUUUAAGGAAAGGUCCAAAAUCUAAAGGAAAGGUCUAAAAUAUUACACCUUUAAAGAUGUAUCUAUCUAUUUCCGCUGAAGAAUUCACCAUGUAUGCCAUUGCCAACUGUACGAAAGCCAAGCUGCUGGCCCUACCAUUUCUCAUUUCAUGGAGGAAUGUGCAGUAUACUUAAUCAUUAAAAUGGGUUGAGCGUUUCUGUGAUGUAAUGACAAUAUAACGACAAUGUUAUGACAGUGUCGUAAUGAGCGAUCAAUUACUUUAGUGCAUCUGGUUUCCAUAGAGCUGUUUUGACUGUGUUUGUGUAUGUGUGUGUGUGUGUUUAUGUGCAUGUGUGUGAAUCUGUGCAUGCGUCUGUGUGUGCGUGCGUGUUUGUCCCUCAGGGGAGGUGGUCGACCUCCUGGACACGGGCCUGACGGAGAUCCCCCCGGUGAGGAAGGCCACUAAGGACAGCCCGUGGCUGGGGCCCAAGGAGAGUGCCAUGCGUCAGCACCGACAGGAGAUGAAGACCAAGAUGAAGAGUAACAAGGCGGAGGAUCCCAAAACACCCCGCGCCAAGCAGGUUAGUAAACACCUAGUAGUAUACAGUUAGGCCACACCCCUAUUCCCUUUAUAUGGGCCCUGAUUAAAAGUAGUGCAUUAUAUAGGGAAUAGGGUGCCAUUUGGGAUGCAGCCUUAGUAAACCGUGACCAUUGGUGGGUCACCUCUCUUAGUAAACAGUUAGUGAACCUGGGAUCAUGAUUGGCAGUGGCCAUGUCCCUUUAGGAAGGUGAGAGUCAGUCUUAACAUAACCUAGUGCACUGCUGUCAUCUUCUGGAGCAUACCUGAUGGUGUCAAGCAACUAACAAUGUAUUACUGCCAAUUUGGACAAUUAUGGCCAAGGCCAGCGUUUUCAAGCGGAAAACGUAGAUAAGCAUUUCUAUUGGACAAGAUAGCACCUCUGUUUGACAACGUUUGCCCUCAUUUGAGGCUUAUUGAACCAUGGGAAGAUGUAAAUGUUUCACAUGACAGUUCAAGACCCUACUGUUGAAAAUUCGGUAUUGUUUCCUUGAAGUCGAGCCUGGUGUCCCGUUGUUGACUGACCUAGGAAAAUACUUUGGUAGCACUUUAUAAUAACACCUUGUAAUAAAGCAUUUAUAAUGGAUUAGUAAAUCAUUUAUUCAUCAUUACUCCCACAUUUGUAAAUGUUAGUAAGACAGGUAUUCACACAUUUAUGAAUAACUAUGUCAUAAUAAUUAAUAAGAUCGUUCGUAAGACGUUUAAUAUCGGUCCUUAUAAACCAUCUACUAAUCAUUAGUUAAGUAUUUUUGUGUGGCCUCAUUUAAAGUAAGGGCUAUUUAUACUUUAUAAAUGCUUUAUAAAUGUUUUGAGUGACAGUGUAAUUUCUCACAAAAAGAUGGACAUGCCAUUGGUAGACAUUCCAGCAGUACCUGAAUAAACGAUUUACUAAUCUAUUAUAAAUGCUUUUAUUACAAGGUGUUAUUAUAAACUGCUACCAGUACUUAUUUUCCCACAUUUAGUGAUUUUCCUUGAGGAUAAAGAUUUUGGCAUUUCAUGGAUGCCAAGUUUAAAAUAGAACCAUUUGCCCUGGAUAUUAGCUAGUCUUGGUGACAAUCAGGUGCUUUGGCAAUAAUCCAUAAAUGGUAUUAGUAAUGAAAAUAUAAUUUAUUUUCAGUUAUACCCUUUCUGAGUUAUUCUCAGAAACAUUAUUCAUUUUCAUGUGAAUUAAUAAUUGUAUUUUAUCUUUUGGUAGUGCUGUUCAUUUAAUUUCCUAUGGAUUAUUAUUCCUCAGAGAAUCCAGCUCCCAACCUUUGUAGAUCAUUUUGGAGCAUGUUAUCUUCAUUUUAUCAACCAGUGGUCUGAAGGCAUUGCUGGGUCAUUAAUCAUGUAGUCUCCCUCGGCAGACGGUUUGCCUCCCACAAUGUAUCCAAUGUUCCAGCGUUUUCUGAUGAUUUAGGUGACCUACACACAUUUAAAAAAAGAUAUGUCCAGCAACAACAUGAAGACAGGGGCAGCAUAUAAGUCAAUACCAGAAGCAUUUAUUGACUGAUCUCAAAAGUGUUGGCUUACCAGGGUUGGUGGAGCCCUCAGUUUCAUCUUUGCCUCGCAAAGCUAACUCAAACACUCCGCAAAACUUCACACACUGGAUUAGCCGGCUGAGGAUGUGGCGGUUCUUGCUAAUGUCGUAGUAAAUAUAUUUGUUAUAGUGAAUAUGGAAUAUGAUAUGUUGAGUAAAAUGUUGUGCUAAGAUCUAUUUAGGUCAGGAGCUGGUUAUAAGUUCUGUUCCUAUCCAAUAACAAUGGACAAAAGGGUCCUAUCUUGUCAGCCUUGUCAGCAGGUGGCCAAGGACAACACCCACGCCAUAGGCCUCUCAGUUCUUCCAACUCACGAGUUCUUGCUCUGAGGACACACACACACACAAACACACACACACACACAUCAUCACUGUUAAACACACACACACACACAUCAUCACUGUUAAACACACACACACACACAAAAAUCCCCUCUCUUAGGCUGAACAUUUGAAGACAGAGAACCCGACUCAGAGCCAAUGCAACAGUGACAGUAGCCUGGAGGUGACCUCGCCCAACUCAUCAGGACCAAUCAGAAGAUCAGAACUACUAGAUUGAACCUACUUCAUUUAUUGCAUAAAAUGUCUGCACACAAUGUUUCGGGGCUCUCUUCAGAUAAUAAUAAUAAUAAUAAUAAUAAUAUGCCAUUUAGCAGACGCUUUUAUCCAAAGCGACUUACAGUCAUGCGUGCAUACAUUUUUGUGUAUGGGUGGUCCCGGGGAUCGAACCCACUACCUUGGCGUUACAAGCACCAUGCUCUACCAGCUGAGCUACAGAAAGUGGAUACUCAUGGAUGCGCAUUGCAAUUGUAAAAUGUCAACACAAUUGGAGACACCACGUCAUUUUUGGAGACAUGUUAUUGACAGUAAACUAUUGUAGAUGCGACUGCUAACUAACUAAAACAUUUUAGCUGGCUAGCUAAUCAUCUUAGCUAAAUGUGGGGCAAACAAUUCAGUUAUUUACCGUUAAUUUGAGGGAUUGGGGUGAAAGAAAUCGAGUUACAUAGUGAUACUUUACGAUAUACUGUAUUGACAAUAUCGCAAUAUUUUAGCGCUAGUUGGCUGUACCUGCACCAAAACACCAUUAUUGUUCCUUCAUAGCUUGUUCUCAAUCUUUUCACAUUGGGAGCCAAUUUGUUUUCAGCACUUUUAUUUCCAUGACUGAUCAAAACUCGUUCUCAUGGCUUUCUGAUCCCUCUGCAACAGACAUAUGGUGCGCAAUAAAAUCACAGUAUCGAAUCGCAAUACGUAUAGAAUCAUGAGACUCGCAAUGCUGAUGCAUAUAUCUUAUCGUGAGGUUCCUGGCAAUUCCCAGCCCAAGUUCAUUUUUAAGAGUUUGACGAACGGGUCCGUGAACGCGAUUCCAGAUAUAUUUACCUCUGAAUAAACUGCCUUUAUUACACCAUAUCCACAUCCAGUAAACUUGUGAUUAUCAACACUAACCUCAUCGUUGUGGCGGCGGACAGCUAGCCUGUAUCCCUCGUCAUCCAGUUGAGUGAGUGGCAAUGUCUUUUUUCGUUCGUACCAAUUUUUGGAAAAUCCUCGGGUGUAGGACUUUCCGCCUUUAGUAGAAACCUGUUGAAUUAUUAAAUUUGUUUCGUUGCCAAUUUAUCUUCAUUUGUUCGCCGACAAAAAGGAAAUUCUUUCAAAGACACAACCGAGUUGCACUGAAGCCUAGCCAUGUUGAUAGUAGUAGUGAAUUGAUUGACGCUGCUACCCUCUCUUUUCUUAGUUACGUUCAUGUGACGAAAGCGCGUAAGUGCAAGCCCACAGACACCCAUUGAGAUUGUAUUGAAGGCUCUGAAAUUUGAAAAAAAUAGAUUUUACAUGGGAGUCUAUGACAGAAGUUCUGGGCGAUUUUCAAUCUGACUGAUCAGCGCACACGUCUGCUGACAAUACCAGCGUUGGUUGGACAGGAGGCGGAAAUGGGACUCUUGCAGGAAAUCAGUCCAGAGCCUUUCCGUACAUGUCCUGCCGCAAACAUUAGCCUACCACCGGACUCAAAAUUGGUAUCUUAGCUAGAUAUUUUCAAUGAGUGUAUUUGGCAAAUAAGUUGUUUGCUUGUGCCAUGACAGCUAACGUUAGCGUUACAAGUUUACAACGUUCUUUUUCACAAGCACAAUUGCCGUCUGCAUUUUAAGCCAAGUCAAACCAAACUUGUGAAUUAUUCUGAGAGUUAUCUGUCUGAAGAGCACCCUCCCCGGACUUGAGGUAGAUAUGUACAAAUAGCUAGAAAUAAGGUAACAGAUAGUAAACAGUAGCAGCAGUGUAUGUGAUGAGUCAAAAAAGUUUGUGCAAAAAAGGUCAAUACAGGUAGUCUGGGUAGCUAUUUGGUUAACUGUUGAACUAAUUAUUUAGCAGUCUUAUGACUUGGGGUAGAAGCUGUUCAGGGUCCUGUUGAUUCCAGACUUGGUGCAUCGGUACUACUUGCCAUGUGGUAGCAGAGAGAACAGUCUAUGACUUGGGUGGCUGGAGUCUGACAAUUUUUAGGGCCUUCCUCUGACGCCGCCUGGUAUAAGGUCCUGGAUGGCAGGGACCUCGGCCCCAGUGUAAUAGUCAGACUAUUAAUCAUGUGAAUGGUGUUGCUGUUGCUCCAAGGUCUGAGGUUUCCUAGACUAUUAAUCAUGUGAACGGUGUUGCCUGUUGCUCCAAGGUCUGAGAUUUCGGAGCCUAUUAAUCAUGUGAAUGGUGUUGCCUGUUGCUCCAAGGUCUGAGGUUUCCUAGACUAUUAAUCAUGUGAAUGGUGUUGCCUGUUGCUCCAAGGUCUGAGAUUUCGGAGCCUAUUAAUCAUGUGAAUGGUGUUGCCUGUUGCUCCAAGUUCUGAGGUUUCCUAGACUAUUAAUCAUGUGAAUGGUGUUGCCUGUUGCUCCAAGGUCUGAGGUUUCCCAGACUAUUAAUCAUGUGAAUGGUGUUGCCUGUUGUUUACUGUAGACUCAGUGUCAGCAGGAGCUGGACCAGGUGCUGGAGAGGAUAUCUAAGAUGCCCUUCAGAGAUAACCGAGGCCCACUGGAAGACCUGUACGCCCUGCACAUCCCCAACUGUGACAAGAGGGGGCAGUAUAACCUCAAACAGGUGACUAAACCCUGCACAACCCCAACUGUGACAAGAGGGGGCAGUAUAACCUCAAACAGGUGACUACACCCUGCACAUCUCCAACUGUGACAAGAGGGGGCAGUAUAACCUCAAACAGGUAACUACUCACUCUUACUCCAUGGCCCAGGAGCAUCCACAUAGGUGCCCACACACACACACACAUGCACACACACACGCACACACACACACACACAUACAUACACACACACUAACAUGUUCUUUCUGCGUUUCAGUGUAAGAUGUCUCUGCACGGCCAGAGGGGGGAGUGCUGGUGCGUCAACCCACACACCGGUCGGCCCAUCCCAUCAGCCCCCACCGUGAGGGGAGACCCAAACUGCAGCCAGUAUGUAAGAGGACCAGAGAUGGACACUCCCGCCUCAACCCAGAAAUAGUACGGCCCUGAUUCUCCCUUUGAUCGGCCUGAGUCUUAAAAGACAACAGGAAGCAGUAUUCUAAACACUUAAGUAAGCUAUCAAAAUGUCUGUGUGUCUGUUUCUGUUUCUGUGUAUAGUUUUGUUUGGUAUUACAAUCAAUUCUCAGCGAUAUUGUUCAAUGUAACCACCAUAAUGUGUCUUGGCUUGAGAACAAACUCCACUGUAAGGGCAUAGGAUGUAACAGGCGACAAAGAUUCAACCCAUUCUUCUUUGCAAUUUCAAAGGAAGUCAGUGUUUGACUGGUAUUUUCAUUGAUCUCUCUCUCUUUCUCUCCCUCUCUCUCUCUCUCCUUCCCCCCAUAGCUUUUCUGUGGUGAACAAAGUCUAA